AGACAUAAAGCGUAAAAUAAAGAUGAAGAGAAGUAGAAAUUCAUCUACUCUCCUUUUUUUAUUUUUGAUUGUCUGUGUCACAUUUUCUAUAGUUUCAAUUGACGCAAGAACUCAUCACAACAAGAAGAGCAAGCCACAUAAUGAACAUCAUAAAGGGAAGGGUGGCAGUCAUAAAUCACAUUUGCCUGGCCCUGCUCCAGCCCCUCUUCCUCCCUCUGGUUCUCGAACAACUUUCCCCGUCCUGUCAUUCGGAGCCAAGGGUGAUGGAGUCUCCGAUGAUUCAAAGGCACUCUUAGCAGCAUGGAAAGCUGCCUGCAGGGUUAAAGGGGCAACUGUCGAAAUCCCAUCAGGAUUCAAGUUCCUCGUCCACCCCGUAACACUUGAAGGCGCGUGUAUGCCUGACCUUGUUCUUCAGAUAGAUGGAACUCUCUUGGCUCCAUCAAAAGUAGGUUCCUGGCCAGAUUCCGGUUUGUUACAAUGGAUAAACUUAAAAUACGUCCAUAACUUCACCAUCCAGGGCACUGGUAGUGUUGAUGGCCAGGGCUUUGACUGGUGGAGCAAGUCCAACCACAUCCCGAAAUCGAAACCCACUGCUUUAAGAUUUUAUUCAGGCUUUGACGUCACAGUUCGCGAUAUCAAAAUCUUAAACAGUCCUCAGUGCCAUCUAAAAUUUGACAACUCUGCGUCGAUCAAAGUUGACAACAUUACCAUAACUUCACCAGAGAAUAGCCCAAACACUGACGGCAUUCACUUGCAAAACACCAAAAAUGUGGAAAUUCAGCAUUCUACUAUUGGCUGUGGAGAUGACUGUGUGUCCAUACAAACAGGCUGCGAUAAUGUUCAUGUUCAUCAUAUUAAAUGUGGCCCUGGCCAUGGCAUAAGUCUAGGAGGACUUGGAGGAAACCAAAGUACAGCAUGUGUCUCAAACAUUAUUGUGAACGACAUUUCAUUCAACAACACUCAAUUAGGAGUUAGGAUCAAGACUUGGCCGGGCGGACGGGGAUCUGUGAAGAAUGUAUCAUUUUCGAAUAUCGAGGUUUCCAAUGUGGGCAAACCUAUCGUGAUAGACCAGAACUAUUGUGACAAAAAAUUAAAAAAAAUUAUGUGCAAGAAAAACCAUAGAGGAGCUGUAGCAAUCUCAGGUGUUAAAUACGAACGGAUUACCGGGAAUUAUACACAGCAGCCUAUUCUUCUAAAUUGUAGCAGUGACACUCCAUGCACAGAUGUGGACCUUAUUGAUAUUCAGCUCAAGCCAAUAUCUGAGAAGCUGAGGUCAUCACCUGGACGUGAUUGGUGUCAAAACUCUUACGGGAAGACAAAAGCUCCAUUGGUUCCUUCAAGCAUAGACUACUGCUUGGGAAGAGAUGGGAGUCCACUACUCAAGAAUAUAGCAAAGUCACACGAGAAGAAUAUUAUGUGUUAGAAAAAUUUAUUGAAUAUUUUAGUGCAUCUCUUCCUUGAUAGCUUCCAUUCUACAAAAAUAUAUUUAGUGAUUGAAUGUGAUGGUGUUAGCUUAUGUCGUCUUUGUAAUGUAAUAAUCAGUUUGUAAACUUUGUAUUACGAAUA